AUGACGCCAGCCAUGAAGCUGGUACGACAAGAAAUGAACAUGAAGAAUCUGGACAUGGAAAUCUUCGUGGCAUAUCUAGACGCUCAAUUUGGAGCCAGCAACUAUCAUUUACAGGCGAAACGCGGCGGCUAUGUCCUUGAUAGUCCACGAAGAUUAUCGGGGUCAGAAUUGGAGGACCUACAAAGCUCUACAGCCUAUUCCAGCUUUAUUGAAGAAAAUGGGGAGUUGGAACGAUUGCAGCGUGUCAUGGGCAAAGGCAACAAUGCAGGCAAACGAGGCAAGCUCCUCUCGAUGGCUGAAACCUCUGGCGAGGAUCAUGACAUCAGACGCUCUUCAUUUGAACAUCCAUUACUUCCAUCUGAGGAAGAGAGCAUCAAGAUACUCGACUCGGUACCUUCUCACCAACUUUCAGAUGACACCGAUCAGCCUGUUGUGAGGAAGUCUCUUGACCACCCUAACAUUGUGGAGUUACUGUCGGUCUUCAAGGAUGAAAGUGGAGGGGAGCAGCACUUCAACUUUGCAUUCCCUCUGGCGCUGGGAAAUCUCAAGCGAAUGUUUUUGGGAGAAUAUGAUGCAAUUGCUGCGGUCAUAUCUCAGACCCCGUUCUUAUGGCCGCAGAUGGUCGGGCUCGUAAGUGCGGUGACGUUUCUGCAUGAGACAGCCCACACGGCGCAUCGGGACAUCAAGCCAUCAAACAUUCUCAUUUAUCAAGACAACACAUCAGGGUCACUAGUCUUGAAGCUUACAGAUUUCGGCCUCGCAAUUAAUCUCACCAACGCGUUGACAUGGCAAGAAGGCAGCGCCGCAGCAAUGUCGGCACUAAAUUAUGACGCCCCGGAAAUGAGAUCUGCCUUUACAAAGAGUCGAGAAGGCAAAUUCAAGGAUUUGCCCUCACCGAAGCAGAUGUUGUCAAACGACAUUUGGAAGCUCGGCUGCGUGCUGACCGAACUAGCCGCUUUCAUUGUCGGUGGAUCGUCUGGUGUGAAAAGGUUCAGAAGUGCGAUCACUACUGAAACGGGCAAUAUUCUAUACGAUUCAUUCAACGACGUUCGGUUCGAUGACGGAGAAAGGGUCAAGCCGGAGGUCAUGGAUUAUCUGACGAUGUUGAAACCCAGAAGUCGAGAAAUUUCUCAAGUUGAGCCUAUCCUCCACGCAAUGUUAGAUGAUAUAUCGGUGAGACCUUCUUCUCGAGAAGUUUGUCAACUCCUGAUCAACAAAACGGGAUUGGUCAAAUACCCCUACCAUGACGGCGCAAGACAUGUCAGCCUACGGCCCGAAGAGUGGACUCCUGGGAUACUCGACGAGUUGAGACUGAAAACUCAGUCGUUUUCUCAGCCAGUGUCGGCACGUAUUCCACAAAGACCUUCCGUGGUCGCCAAGGAAGUGUACUGGUGUAUGGACGAGGUCUUCACUGAGCCCAAAGAGACUUUAUUACGUCCUGUUGCAGUCGACCCAGCAAUCACUGACGAGACUUUCUACAUUCUCACGAACCGCGCACUUGAUAGAGCCAGAGGAGGCCUAAUGAAAGGCUGGUUCUUGAGCCGGCUGUCGUGGAAACGUUGCGUAGGAGUGGUGUUCAAACAGUUCCACAUAGUCAAGACUAACAGAGACCAAGUGAUCCUGGGGAAGAUCGAACUUCCGCCACAGGCGCACCUUGAAUAUGAACAUGGCAUGCUGAAUCCCGAGGAUGUCCACAUGAAGAUAGCUGCAGUACAGAUGGUAGCUGGUCUGAUGGACCCAAAAACCGCCCGUGGAGAGAAGAUCAUGACGAAUAUGCUCCCCAAGAAAAAAAUUCCGCCAAACUUGCAGAGGGCAAUGGGCAUGUGCGGUUGGGGAAUCUACGCGCAAAUGGGAUUCUCGCCCAAGAGGAUUCUAUUGUGGCUUAUUUUUUGCAUGAUCCUCAUGUUGACAUUUGCCAUUGUCUGGUUAAUUUGCAUCAACAGCACGGAUCUGCAGAACGCCCUUGUGCCGGCGACUAUUGUGCUGACUACAUUCACGAUUAUUUUAGGUGUGGCUCAGACUCUAGGGUGA